AUAUUUUUGAUGCAUCGAUGUUUUUCCGAAAUCUCUAACUACGAUUUGUUUGGUUUGGAAAUCCCAAAAAUUCGCUGUAUUGGAUUAGAAAUUUUUUCACUUGUGCCUCCUUUAUUUAUAUUUGUGAAGGUUUAGCAAAGAUGACAGAUCCUCAAGAUGAGCUUUGUCCACCACCAACGGAGGAUGAUGAAUUAACAUUGCCACGCGCAAGCAUUAAUAAAAUUAUAAAAGAACUGGUACCGUCGGUGCGCGUGGCGAACGAGAGCAGAGAGCUGAUACUUAACUGCUGCACAGAAUUUAUACACUUGAUUUCUUCUGAAGCUAAUGAUGUUUGCAAUAGGCGUAAUAAAAAAACGAUUAAUGCCGAACAUGUCUUGGAAGCGCUUGAUCGAUUAGGUUUUUGCGACUACAAGCAGGAGGCAGAAGCUGUAUUGAAUGAUUGUAAGGAAGUUGCAGCCAAACGGCGUCGCCAAAGCACACGGCUUGAAAAUCUUGGGAUACCUGAAGAGGAACUGUUACGGCAACAACAAGAACUUUUUGCUAAAGCACGAGAAGAGCAAGCGCGGGAAGAGCAACAACAGUGGAUUAGCAUGCAGGCGUCGGCGGUUCAGCAAAGCGCAGAAUUAAUGCAUCGUCAAAUGAAGUCUCAGUCCAGUAACUGUGGUCUAGAAGAUGAUGAGGACGACGAUGAGGAGUACUGAUUGUGACUAGACUUGGACUUUAAUUUAGAAUGUAAUUAAGAACUAUACAAUAGUUACCUAGCAUACCGAUUAAAAUGAAUUUUUAUUUCAAAACCAGUAUAA